UCUUUGCUUUUGCCAAGGGAAGACGCAACAACGGUACGGAGGGAGGGGACGACCAGCGGGGGAAAGAAGAGACGGAGGAGAGAGGAGAGGCGCCGAGGAGAGCGGGCGAGAGAGCCGGCUAGGUGAAGUCCGCACCAUUCGCCCUUGAUUUCGUUGUCACAAAGUACCAGGGGUUAUUCAGCUUCUCCAGACAUGUCAUUGGCCCUACUCUUCUGAUAAUGACUGGUUUCAAUGUUGGAAGGGUGUAAGUUCUUAUUGUGCAUGUCCACAAUUCAAGGUUACGUGUUGUUUGGACCAUAUAUUGUGAGAAUGGCCUGGUUGCCAGAUCAAUUCGAAAUGGAUAAUCUCCACUGGUACAGUAGAUCCCCUAUUGUACCAGAGUUCUGGAUACCAAUUGUAGCUUCCUUCACUGUUGGUUUAGUUGGUCUUUGGACAUUCUGGUACUUCUUUUCACUGUGGCGGCGAAAGAUCAGUUUAAGCUGGAUGAAAAUUAUUGCCAAAUCAAAGAGAAAGAAUUUUGAAAGAAACCACAAGAUCCCUACUUCUGAACAUGUUUGGAAUACAGAAUCUUUGAUUCGUGCAAAAGGGCUGAAGUGCUGUGUAUGCUUGGAAUUUAUUUCACCUGUUCAGCCCCUUGGGCAAAUGUUGACUUCAGAAAAUAUGGUUCACCGUUGCAAUGUUUGUGGUGUAGCUGCACACAUGGUAUGUUCUCCAAAUUCUCAGAAAGACUGCAAAUGUGUCUCAAUGUUUGGGUCCAAACAUGUGAUCCAUCAAUGGACUGUACUCUGGACAGAUGUAGCUGAUCAGUCUGAAGAAGACCAGUAUUGUUGUUACUGUGAGGAGCUAUGCAGUGAAUCUUUUCUCGGAGGUCCUCCCAUAUAUUGUUGCAUGUGGUGCCAACGACUGGUGCAUGUUGAUUGCCAGUCAGCCAUGGCUGCUGAAACAGGUGACAUUUGUGACCUUGGUCCAUUCAAACGCCUUAUUCUUUCGCCACUUUUUGUCCGUACCAUUAGCAAACCUGGUGGCAUCUUAAGUUCUAUAACUCAGGGAGCAAAUGAGUUUGCAUCCACUGUGCGGGUACAUCUUGGGAGCCGAAGUAGAAAGGUGAAGCAUCACAAGGGAAUGCCAUCUGAGUCUGCCCAUGAGGACAGUAAUGAUGAUUCAUCUAGUGAAACCACAUUAACCUCUAACCAGAAGGCUAAGGAAUCAAAAGCAACCGGCGGCAGUGCUCAAAGGAGUGCUGAUAAUGAGCAUUACAGCAGUGAGAGUGAUGGUAGGGAACUCGUACCAGAGCCCAUAAGACUCAGUAAUGAUGAUACUGGUGGAGUUAAACUUAAGUAUGCAUUAUCUGAGUUGCCUGCUGAUGCCAGGCCACUUUUAGUUUUUAUCAACAAGAGAAGUGGGGCUCAGCGUGGAGAUUCGCUUAAGCACAAGCUACAUUUCCUUUUGAAUCCAGUGCAGGUUUUUGAAUUGAGUUCUUCACAAGGGCCAGAAACAGGACUAAUUCUGUUCAGAAAGGUACCACAUUUCAGAAUACUUGUGUGUGGUGGUGAUGGUACUGUUGGUUGGGUUCUUGACGCGAUAGAUAAGCAAAAUUAUGAAUCACCUCCACCUGUUGCAAUCCUUCCAGCUGGCACUGGCAAUGAUCUUUCAAGAGUUUUAUCAUGGGGAGGUGGCCUAGGUGCUGUUGAGAAGCAAGGUGGUCUCUGCACAGUUUUACAUGACAUAGAGCAUGCAGCAGUCACUAUCCUGGAUAGAUGGAAGGUGACAGUAGAAGAUAAGAAAUCAAAGAAUGUACUUCUAGUGAAGUACAUGAACAACUAUCUUGGUAUUGGUUGUGACGCAAAGGUUGCUCUUGACAUUCAUAAUCUCCGUGAAGAAAAUCCUGAAAAGUUUUACAGUCAGUUCUUAAAUAAGGUGCUAUAUGCGAGGGAAGGCGCCAAGAGUAUCAUCGAUAAGACAUUUUUGGACUUACCAUGGCAAGUUCGGUUAGAAGUUGAUGGCACUGAGAUUGAUAUACCAGAGGACUCGGAAGGUGUGCUUGUCGCAAACAUCCCAAGCUACAUGGGAGGUGUUGACCUGUGGCAAAAUGAGGGUGAGGAUCCUGAAAACUUUGACCCGCAGUCAAUCCAUGACAAGAUGCUCGAAGUGGUUAGUAUUUCCGGAACUUGGCAUCUCGGAACGCUCCAGGUUGGACUUUCUCGGGCACGGAGGAUCGCGCAAGGCCAGUCGAUCAAGAUGCAGAUGUUUGCUCCUUUCCCUGUUCAAGUGGAUGGCGAACCCUGGGUCCAGCAGCCCUGCACGCUCAAGAUAUCCCAUCACGGACAGGCUUUCAUGUUGAGGAGGGCGAUUGAAGAGCCUCUUGGCCACGCUGCCGCGAUCAUCACUGACGUGCUGGAGCAUGCCGAAUCCAGCCACGUAAUCACUGCUUCCCAGAAGAGAGCCCUCCUUCAAGAAGUGGCUCUAAGGCUGGCAUGAAUCGCAAUCGCAACUCAUCCAAAUGUGCUCUGCCUUCACUGCAGAGAGGUUCAUGUUGUCAGAUAUCACUGACAGUACGGACGAUGAGAGAACCUGUGAUCCCAAGAGGAACUCCGGUCCCCCUCUCGCAGCAGGAAGUAUCCUCUUCUACCCGGGGAGAAGCGAGUUGUGGUUAGGUUUUCCUUGUGGAAAAUACCAAGUAAUGGUGUGUGCAUGUCAGCAUGUGUAUGUGUGCAGUGUGUAGCAUAUAGCUGCCUGCUGCCGCUUGCUCCAUGCCACAUUUUGGAAUCCCGGCUGGCCAUUUUGUGUUUGGUUGGCUGUACGCCUGUACCUAUACGGACUUUUGCCCGUAGCCGCUGUUCAAUUCGCCUGAUGCCUCACUUGUAAAUUAAAUGUGAUUUCUUGGUUGUAAUAAAGUUGCACAAACGCCAAAGUAUCAUUUAUUCCAGGGCCUGUCGAAG